AUGGGGAGCCCCCGGGCCGCGUUGCUCUUGCUGCUCCUGCGCCCGGUCAAGCUACUGCGGAGGCGCUUCCGGCUGCUGCUGGCGCUCGCUCUCCUGUCCGUGGGACUCUGGACUCUUUAUCUGGAGCUGGUGGUGUCGGCCCAGGUCGGCGGGAACCCCUUGAACCAGAGGCAUGGCAGCUGGAGAGAACUGGCCAAAGCUCUGUCCAACAGGAACAUUCCAGCUGUGGACCCCAAUCUCCAGUUCUAUCGAGCCCAGAAAUUGGCUCCCAAGGACCAAGAAACUGACCGAGGCGGGAGCAGUAACACUAGCUACUUGAAGUGGAACAAGCCUGUCCCCUGGCUCUCAGAGUUCCGGGGCCAUGCCAACUUGCAUGUGUUUGAGGACUGGUGUGGCAGCUCCAUCCAGCAGCUCAGGAAGAACCUGCACUUCCCUCUCUACCCCCAUAUCCGUACAACCCUGAGGAAGCUGGCUGUGUCCCCCAAAUGGACCAACUAUGGCCUCCGUAUCUUUGGCUACCUGCACCCCUUCAUGGAUGGGAAAGUCCAGUUUGCCAUUGCUGCAGAUGACAAUGCUGAAUUCUGGCUGAGCCGUAAUGACCAGGUCUCAGGCCUUCAGCUGCUGGCCAGUGUGGGCAAGACUGGAAAGGAGUGGACUGCCCCUGGAGAGUUUGGGAAAUUUCAGAGUCAAAUUUCCAAGCCAGUGAGCCUGUCAGCCUCCCGCAGGUACUACUUUGAGGUGCUGCACAAGCAGAAUGAUGAAGGCACUGAUCACGUGGAAGUCGCAUGGCGGCGCAAUGAUCCCGGAGCCAAGUUCACCAUCAUUGACUCAGUCUCGCUGUCCCUCUUCACAAAUGAGACAAUCCUCAGGAUGGAUGAGGUGGGCCACAUCCCACAGACGGCAGCCAGCCACACAGAGUUCCCAGACGCCCUUCCCAGAGAUGAGCAGCCCCCCGCUGACAUGCUGCGGCCUGACCCUCGGGACUCCCUCUACCGAGUGCCUCUGAUCCCUAAGUCUCAUCUCCGCCACGUCCUGCCUGAUUGUCCCUACAAACCCAGCUACCUGGUGGAUGGGCUCCCUCUGCAGCGCUACCAGGGACUCCGGUUUGUCCACCUGUCCUAUGUUUACCCCAACGACUACACCCGCCUGAGCCACAUGGAGACUCAGAACAAAUGCUUUUACCAGGAAAGCACCUACUACCAGGAUAGGCUCAGCUUUCAGGAGUACAUCAAGAUUGACCAGCCUGACAAGCAGGGGCCGGAGCCGCCAGUUUCUGAAGAGGACCUUCUGGAAGAUUCCCCAUAUGGAGAUGUGGUAGAAGAGACUCCUGCUGCCAAUAACCAGGACCUUCGGGUGCCCAUCUCAACCCCUGGACGGGAGCAGGAGGUCACUGACUACCAUCUCCGAAGCCUUCGCAAGCUCCUGGCUCAGUCUCAGAAGGGCCUGCUGGUGCCCUUUUCCAAACAGAACAUCACAUCUCCCUCUCUAGUGAAGACAAGUGACAUCCCAGCCCAGCAACCAGAGAAGAAGGAGAGAAAACCCAGUCCUGAACCCAGCCGAGAGUCUCUUCGUUCUCCCCAGUGGCUCACUGGGCACCUGGCAGGGAACCUGCCUCAAACUAAGAGGCCUGGGCCCCCUGGCGAUAGCCCCAGGAAAACUCUAGAAGAGUCCCAGUGGCUAAACCAAGUGGAGUCAUUCAUUGCAGAGCAGAGGAGGGGAGACAGGAUGGAGCCUCAGAUGCCCAAGAGAGGUUGGCCUGGAGAGGAAGAGGAGGAGGUGGUGGUGGCAGCUGGCCAGGAAGGACAAGUGGAGGGAGAGGAAGAGGGAGAAGAAGAGGAAGAGGAUGUGAGCGAGGUAUUCGAAUAUGUGCCCGUGUUUGACCCGAUCGUGAACUGGGACCAAACCUUUAGUGCCCGGAACCUCGACUUCCAAGCCCUGCGGUCUGACUGGAUUGAUCUGAACUGUAACACGUCCGGCAACCUUCUGCUCCCAGAGCAGGAGGCUCUUGAGGUCACGCGGGUCUUCUUGAAGAAGCUCAACCAGAGGAGCCGGGGGAGGUACCAGCUACAGCGCAUUGUGAAUGUGGAAAAACGACAGGACCAGCUGCGUGGGGGGCGCUACCUCCUGGAGCUUGAACUGCUGGACCAAGGCCAGCGCCUGGUACGGCUCUCGGAGUAUGUGUCCACACGAGGCUGGCAGGGCAUCGACCCACCUGGUGGGGAGGAAGUCGAGCCUCGGAACCUGCAAGGCCUGGUCUGGGACCCACACAGUCGCCGGCAACGUGGCCGAGCCCAAGACCCAAAGCUGUGCUGGCCCCAGGGCUUCUCCUGGAAUCACCGAGCCGUGGUGCACUUCAUCGUGCCUGUAAAGAACCAGGCACGCUGGGUGCAGCAGUUCAUCAGAGACAUGGAAAGGCUGUUCCAAGUCACUGGUGACCCACACUUCAAUAUCAUCAUCACCGACUACAGCAGCGAGGACAUGGAUGUUGAGAUGGCGCUGAAGAGGUCCAAGCUGCGGAGCUACCAGUACAUGAAGCUAAGCGGAAACUUUGAGCGUUCGGCUGGCCUUCAGGCUGGCAUAGACCUGGUGAAGGACUCACACAGCAUCAUCUUCCUCUGCGACCUCCAUAUCCACUUCCCAGCUGGAGUCAUUGACAUCAUCCGGAAGCACUGUGUGGAGGGCAAGAUGGCCUUCGCCCCUAUGGUGAUGAGGCUGAAUUGUGGGGCCACCCCCCAGUGGCCUGAGGGCUACUGGGAGGUGAAUGGGUUCGGGCUACUCGGCAUCUACAAGUCAGACCUGGACAGAAUCGGAGGCAUGAACACCAAGGAGUUCCGAGACCGUUGGGGCGGGGAGGACUGGGAGCUGCUAGACAGGAUCCUCCAAGCAGGUCUGGAAGUGGAACGUCUCUCCCUCAGGAACUUCUUCCAUCACUUCCAUUCCAAGCGAGGCAUGUGGAACCGCCGCCAAGUGAGAACACCGUAA